CUUUGUUUCUUUUCUCCUCGAACGUGAACAGGUCGCGUUUGAAAAGCUAGCUAAUAGUACACUGCUAAAUACAGGGAAAUAUGUUUUCUUAAAUCGAGCUGGUGACCAUACAAGAUCUGGUGUUAUGAGACUCCAGUUCUAGAAGACUUGUGAAUAAACACAGCCCUCUUGACACACACUGAUUUGAAUCGGCAUUGUUUUCACAUCAUUUUAAUUAAAUUACUUUGAACCAACAUGGAAUAGACCUUGAAUUGACGUCUGUGCCCAGCGGGAGGAGAGACACAUCAAACUUGUGACGGCUCCAUACAAUACCCAGGUUUAUUUAUUAUUGCUGUUUUUUUUUAACCAAGAAACAUUCUAACUCGACAGACAAUAUGAGUCAAAAGAAGGGAACAUUGAUGGAUGAAAUCGAAAAGAGUUUAUGGAAUUUAACUGAGGACAAUUUACGCUCCCUUUGUGAACGUUAUGGCCAAGAUGCAUCCGAAGUUAAAGGAAUGGAUCACCGCUCGUUGCGGCGUAAAAUCAUGGAGGAAAUGUGGGACAAUACGGAUUCAAUGAAAUCAGAGGAGCAGGGAACGUCUUGGUUAGUCCAACUGAAAGAGGACAUCAGAAGGAUACUGGAGGAUGCUAGUGGUGAACCCGUGAGUCCCAGCCAAUCAGAUGAAGAAUGGAACGGAAAGGGAGGGGCUGGGUUACCUAGCAACAGGUUGGAGGUGGAACCCGUGAGUCCCAGCCAAUCGGAUGAAGAUGAUCCUGUAGACUGCGAUGAAGAAUGGAACGGAGAGGGAGGGGCUGGGUUACCUAGCAACAGGUUGGAGGUGGAACCCAUGAGUCCCAGCCAAUCGGAUGAUGAUAAUGACACUGCAGACUGUGACGCAGGGGACACGGAUUGGUUGCCUAGCAAUGGGCUGGAGGCAGAGUCCACGAGUCCCAGCCAGUCCGGUGAUUGUGAUGCUGCAGACUGCGAUGAAGAAUUGGACAGGGAGGUCAGGGAAGGGCUGGAGGUGGAGUUAUCUCCAGAGAAGCAUACACCAGAGCAGAAGAUGAAUAUUUAUUUUCCCAGUCAGAAAGACAAGCGUGGCCCACCGAAGACCCUGUGUCGUGCCUCUCCCGGUACCGCCUUAAUUUGGGGUCUGAAGAGGGUGUCUGUGCAGCUGAUGGACUGCAGGAAAACGCCGGGGCAGAAAACCUCCAAGAAAACCCACUCCUGUGCUCAGUGUGGGAAGAGUUUUGCCACAAAAGACAUUCUGGAGCGACAUCUGCUAACUCACACUGGAGAGAAACAGAAGAAUAUAUGCGCUGAAUGUGGAAAAGUAUUCAGUACAUUUUCCAGCCUUACCAGACAUCUGAAAACUCACACUGGAGAGAAAUGUCAUGUUUCUGAAACCACAUGCUCUGAAUGCGGAAAGACAUUCAGUACACAUUCCAGUCUUAGGAGACAUCUGCUAACUCACACUGGAGAGAAACCGUACGUUUGCCCUCGUUGUAAGAAAGGUUUCAAUGAUCCAGGAAACUUGAAGAAACACAUCAGGAGAGCUCACCCAGGAGAGAAGUUGGGUGUGGAGAGGCUCUACCGUGAACCGUGUCCUCACUGUGGGGGAAGUUUCCCACAAAGAAGGCUUUGGAGGAGCACCUGGUAA